UUGUGACUACACCCAGAUAGUCCACUCCGUAUUUUCCUUCUCACCGCACAUUACACUUCUGUGAUAGCAGAGGGUGGGAUUGCUUGCGAAGGGAACAGCCAGUUGUUCAAAAUCCUUCUAGGACGGUUUCAAAUUCCCCUUUAUGGCUAGUGUAUGUUUGUGUGUCCGCGUGUGUGCGCGCUAGCAAAAGCAAGCGAGAGGGGGAGGAGUGAGGGAGAGGGAGUCGUUGUAGCCAAUGCGUACGUCGUCCGUGUGCGCGCCAGCCAGAGCAAGAAAGAUAAGAAAACGCUUUCGUUUCACUGGAGGGCGGAGCUAGCGGUGUCAGUCAUGGGGGUUACCAAACACUGUGGGCGUGCCUUGUGAACCUGCUGUCCAAUGGGAGCUACUGGUCCCACAGUCACCAUGGUGACGGGGUUGUGUCCGGGGAGGCUGUGAUGGGUUGACAGGUGCGUGACAAUCGGAGCUCUCUGUAAGCAUGUACGCCAAAGGCAAGAGUAACAACGUGCCGUCCGACAGCCAAGCCAGGGAAAAGUUAGCGCUCUACGUGUAUGAGUAUUUGCUACAUGUAGGAGCCCAGAAGUCAGCACAGACGUUCCUCUCAGAGAUAAGAUGGGAGAAGAAUAUCACGUUAGGGGAGCCCCCUGGAUUCUUACACUCAUGGUGGUGUGUAUUCUGGGACCUGUACUGCGCGGCGCCCGAGAGGAGGGAGACAUGCGAGCACUCGAGCGAAGCCAAGGCUUUCCAUGACUAUAGUGCGGCGGCCGCCCCGAGCCCCGUCCUUGGAAACAUGCCUCCAGGAGAGGGGAUGCCAGUGGGGCCCGUCCCUCCAGGAUUCUUCCAGCCAUUCAUGUCACCGCGCUACCCGGGUGGUCCCAGGGGUCCACUCAGGAUACCCAAUCAGGCAUUAGGGGGAGUCCCCGGCAACCAGGCGUUACUACCGAGCGGGAUGGACCCAACGCGGCAACAAGGUCUGGCUAUUUUAGCAGGCCAUCCAAACAUGGGAGGUGGGAUGCAGCGUAUGACGCCACCUAGAGGGAUGGUGCCUCUCGGACCACAGGGUUACGGAGGUGGCAUGAGGCCUCCACUCAACGCUUUAGGAGGCCCAGGCAUGCCUGGCAUGAACAUGGGUCCUGGAGGAAGACCAUGGCCAAACCCACCCAACUCCAACUCUAUCCCGUACUCCUCUGCAUCUCCGGGGAGCUAUGUGGGUCCCCCAGGAGGUGGUGGGCCCCCAGGAACUCCCAUAAUGCCGAGCCCAGCAGACUCCACCAACUCCGGCGAGAACAUGUACACCAUGAUAAAUGCAGUCCCACCCGGAGGAAGUCGGCAAAACUUCCCGAUGGGUCCAGGAGGCGAGGGUCCGAUGGCAGGGAUGCCCGGCAUGGAGCCCCACCACAUGAACGGAUCACUAGGUUCGGCUGAUAUGGAUAGCAUUCCGAAGAAUUCCCCUGGGAACCUCAGCAUGAGUAAUCAGCCAGGCACCCCAAGAGAUGACGGUGAGAUGGGAGGCAGCUUCCUCAACCCCUUCCAGAACGAAAGUUACUCUCCAAACAUGACCAUGAGCGUGUGAGUGACAUUUUUUUUGGUAAGAAGUCCCGAGGAGUUGUCGAGGAAUACGGAACGUCGAAAGGGAACGAGGUCAUGCAGACGGAAAGACAGACGCACUGUAGCCAGUCUCCCCCUUUUAUAAACCCUCCCGAGGAUACGACAGUGGGUCCAAGAACACGCCCAUGAACAUCCCUCUCUCUCUCUAUCUUCCUCCCCCUAUUCCUCCCUUCCCUUCUCUCUCUCUGUCUAUCUCUCGCUCUAUCUUACACUCCUGAGGACAAGUUAGUGGGUCCAAGCCUCUGGUCUCUCUCCCUCCCUUCUCUCUCUCUCUCUCUCUCUCUCUCUGGCCCUCCAUCAGUCUCUUUUUGUAAUGCCGUUCCCCCGUCUUCAGCUACAGACUGAUGGGACUUCACUAAGCUGAGAGCUCUUCUAGAUCAGCUGAGGGAAAGAACCACGAGGAGUCAACACUGUUAAUAUUUGUAUCUUUUGUGUAUAUAUGUGGGUGUACAAUCAGAAGUGACAUGUGCAUGUGUAUACAAAUGGAAGUACGUAUAUUACUUGAUCCAUGUAUGGACGAGGGAAAGAAAACACACACACACACAUACAGGCACACACACACACACGCGGGCACACACAUACACACACACAUACACAC